ACGUACGUCUCGCGCCGGUUCGGGGUUGGUACGGUUAUGCUAUUGCUGCAGUAAAUCAAACAUUGAAGCUUGAGGUUAAUGUUUAGCUUUAAGAAAAAAAAACUUUAUAUUGCCAAUCAUAAAGUUUGUAUUACAGGAAUGAAUUAGCUUAUGUGCGCAAUACGGCUAAUAAACAACCGUAUCUGUUUGUAUCAGAUGUGUAGCGGCGCUGAUUCAUUUUAACGUUACUUCAGGUCAACUGGCCAAUUUUUAAAUGAUUAACGUCGAUACUAAACACAACUGUGUUAAAGCAUGAAACGAUACGACUUAUAGAGAUAAUGACUAACCACAGUAUUGAGUCCUUAACAUGAAAGCUUGCCGGUGUAACAGAAUGGUUACCAAUGGAGACGGGAGACGCCUAAUCAGAUUUAACUAACCGGCGGCUACCAGCAGAGAUUCAACAUGGCUACAAAGCCGAAGGGAAAAGCAUCCAAAAGUUCCUUCGGAGAUGACGAUUUGCUUGACAGCUUAUUUGAUGAUAAAAAACACCCGGUGUUGGGGAAAUCAACCCGUGGUGGAUCAGCAAAUCGCUCAUCUGCCACUGAUAACAUCUUCAGUAUGCUAGCGGAGGAGGUAAAGGCUGAUGGGGAAGCUGAGGACUCCGAUGUCUCAGCAGCGGAUCCUGAUGACAUACUGAAGAACAUGAAGGACAUGGAUGAUAUGGAGGCUGACCUCUUUGCAUCAAAGAAAAAACCAAGUUCAGCUCCCGCACAAACAAAGCCGUCCGUUAACGAAGGGUCAAAGAAAGACUCUGCUGCGUUAGAGAGUAAUGUAAAACCAGAGGGAGCAGCAAUCAAAGAGAGAGUUGUGUCUCCCCCACUUCACUCAGAUGAAUCCACCAAAAGAGGGAAGAAGCCAAACUCUGCACCUUCGUCCACAGCACGCAACUACAAGAAGUUCACCUUCUCUGAUCUAGACGACCCUCUGGAUGACCUGCUUGAUGACUUGCUUCCAGAUGAAACCAAACCAGAAUCUAAAGCUAGCGUGCAGCCAACCAAACCCGAAAAAUCUGUGCCAUCUCCUUCAGCAUCUCCUAUCCUAAAGAGUGAAACAACUAACGCAGCAAAAAAACGAGGUGAUCUUACAUUUGAGGAUGAUAAGGACGACCUAAUGGAUGCACUCGGAUUUGACAGUGAUAAAAACAAGAAAAAAGAAACUGCGCUUUGGCCCAACAGGGAAAGAAGCGAGCCGCCUCAGAGAGCUCGUACUCGGCUAGAUGAGAUUCUGGAGAGUUUGACUUCACCUCGUCUUCUGGAGCGACCACCCACAGGUGAGAGGAAGGACCAGCCUCAGUCUCAAGACAAGCAGCAACAGGAGAAGACCUCCAAUGUGAAAGAGACACUUUUAGAAGACGACCUCACAUUUGGGUCUUAUCAGCCCACAUUGGGAUCCACCCCUGAAGGGCGCCAGUCCCGCAGACAGUCUGUCAGAUUUUCUACAGAAGAUGUCAGUGCCUCCACCCCAGAGAAGAAACCAAAACCCACCACCGCCCCGACCUCCGCUCGAUCCCGCAACUCAGCUGACUGGCUAGGCCUCAAGACAAACGACGACUAUGUAGAAGAUGACGCCAAAGAGAAAAAGACUUCCGCAGAGUCUCCAAAGGUUCCGUCCUCUCCUUUGUUAGAGAGAAAGUCGUCGCUGACAGGUGGUCAUGCCACAUCUGCUGCAAAAUUGUCAGCUGACACCUCAGCUCCAACUGAAAACAUCACCAAACAAACAAAGCCAGAAGUCUCCAAAAGCCGGAAGACAGAAGAGGAGGAGGACGACUGGUUAGCGGGAGCACUGAGCAGGAAGAAGACUCAAUCAGUUUCAAACUCUGAGGCAAAAAGCUCCAAGCAAGAAGACUUUCUAGGACUGGGGGAAGAAGUGGAUCUGGAGUCAUUUGUUAGUAAGCAGAACACUUCACAAGCUCCUAGAAGCAGAGAUGACACUCUUGCAUCUGUCAAGGAAACUGGCAACACUUUUCUUGGACAGCCCAGCCCCGCUGCUCACUCCACCCCUGUCAGAGAUGAGAGGACCAAACAAGAUUACCCUCCUCAAGUCACCGGCCCCUUAUCAGUCGCUGCUGCUAGCAUUAGCCACCACCAGCCCCACCACUUCCCAUCCGAUAAAGAAUCCAGGGUACGAGGAGGACCCAAGCACGCUGUGGAUGAAACCCCACAACCGUUGACAUUUUCCAACCUUACAUCUACUGUACUGCCUGGCUCAAUGGGGUCAGUUCCACAGCAAAACCAAACGCAAAACACACAAACAGCUGUCCAACAACAGGUGACAUUUACAACAGACAGUCUGCAGCAGCUGUUACUACAACAGCAGAUGAUGCAGUCUCAGUUGCUGGGUCUCGGGGGUGUUGUGGACACGGGUGCCCUGCAGAGACUCAAGGAGAGAGAGCAGCAACCUGGAGAUCAUCACGCUUUGCAGGCUCGCAUCAUCCAGCUGGAGGGACAGGUGAAGACCCUGCAGCUGGAGCGAGACCAAAGCCAAAUGUUGCUAGAGAGUGUCCAGCAGCGACAUAAACAGGAUAUGGAACUCAUGGAGAACGCACACAAGGCGCGCGUGAAGCUGCUCGAGGAAUCGGCAGCCCAGAGGGAGACACGAGCUCGGCAGGAGUGUGAAGACCUAAUGGAACGCCUGGCCACAGUAACACGAUCGGCUGAGCAGGAGCGCUCAGAGCUGCAGGCUCAGUACCAGCGGAAACUGGCCCAGGCCCAGCAAGACAGAGACCGUGAGGUGGAGAGGCUCAGAGACCUUCAGAGGAAAUCCAUCUUGGAGAUGAAGAAAGACCAUGAGGACCAGGUCCAGAGACUGAAGAGGUUAAAAGACGAAGAGAUCGAUGCAGUUACAAGUGCGACAUCUCAGACCAGGUCUCUUACAGUGAUGAUUGAGCAGAUGGAGCAGUUCUCCUCUCGGCUGGGAGAGCUCUCUUCUCGAGUGGAGAGCACACAUGAACACACAACCCAUGGCCUGGAGCAGGGGGCACGGCACAGAGAUGAGCAGCUUCGAAUAAUGCAGGACCGUCUGGCCCAGCAGCAGAAAGCCAUGGCUGAGGAGAGAGCUUACCUCAAGGAAAUCAUUUCCAGGAUGGACACGCAGCUCAAUGAGCAGCAGAGACAGCUUGAGAAGGAGCGCUGGAAGAUGACCGCAGAGCAGGCCAAGGCAGAGUCGUCCCAAAGAGGCCUGGAAGAAGAGCGGCGUUCCCUCAGUAUGCAGAUCAACAUGGAGAGAGAGGAGCUGGAGAGAGCCAAGAGCGCAUUACUGGAGGAGCAGAAGUCAGUGAUGCAAAUUUGUGCAGAGGAGAGGAGGAAGCUGGCAGCAGAGUGGGCCCGCUUCCACGCCCAGGAGAAGCAGAGGCAUGAGAGGGCUGAACGUGAAGUCAGCAGUCUCUUGGAGAAGAGAGAGGGCUCCAUCAUCAGUCUGGCACAGGAACAAGCUGACCUGAAGCUUCGCACUGGAGAGCUGAAACAGAAGGAGAUGGCUGUGGCACAGGAGAGAGAGACUGUGGAGAGACUAAGAGAGGAAGUGGACAGGGACAAAGACAGAAUAAGCAGCACCGCUGUGAGACUCAAAACACGUGCCCAGGAGGUGGAGGCCUUCAGCAAGCUCGCUGCAGAGAAGUAUGAGGAGGGAGAGCGAGCCUUGCAGGAGGCUAAACGUGUGGAGGCUGAGCACGAGGCAAGACUCAGAAAUAUCCAUUCCCAAACAGAGCGGAUGAGGCAGCAAGAGCAACGAAUCCUUCAGGAGCGAAUGCGGUUAAGUCAUCUGCAAAAGGAGACUGAGAGGCUGAGACAGGACCCUCCCAUCACCUCUUUACCACAAAUUAUUCCACCUGUUUUACCAGACACAGGCUCAUUGAUGCCAAACCCUGAGCUGGCAUCGACCCUGAAUGUUCCCCCUCCCAAUUUGUCUUCCAACUCUCAGUCCAUGGCGCUUCAGGCGAGUCUGGCUCUGUGGAAGUACACUGCAGACAAGGACCGUGAAUACCUCCAAGAAGAGCAGAUCUUCCUUGACAAUUUGAAGAAGAAAUCUUACAGAUUAUCUUUCAACACAGACUGACCCAGACAUGCUGGGCCCUCACAGUGGGAUUCAUGUUAUUUUUAAUGUGAUAAAUACUUGAAUUUUAUACAGUGCAUUUUCUCAAGCUUAUUAAAUGUUUUUUUCAUCAAA